AGGUCAGGGUGACGCUGUUUACAAGAGACGGAGAGUUCUUCAGCCUGCGACACCGUCAGCUGAACCUCCUCCACACCCUAAACACCGCUACCGCACCCCAACACAUCCCCUACCGCACCUCUACCGCACCCAGACACCACCGCCUACCGCACCCCGGGGGCAGCGGAGCGCCCGCCCGCCCAGACAGCCCGCCAGCGCCGAGCCAGCGCCUCAUCUCCGCGGUUUAAUAUCCUCCUGAACUUCAGCUGAUAUGCACGGACGGGUGAAGGUGAAGUCCACUGCUCAGCAGGAGGAGGAGAAAAGGAAAGGGCGAGAGAAGAAGCUGAAGGUCUACCUGACGGUUCGGGAUGCGAUCUUCAGUAAGAGGAGUAAUGGUGAGCUGGAUGAAGAAGCACUCCAGUUUACGCAGCAGCUCUUAUCCUCCAACCCAGACUUUGCCACUCUGUGGAACUACAGGAGAGAGAUCCUUCUCCACUUGGAGACUGUGAAGGAGGAGGAUGAGAUACAGAAGCUAUAUGAAGCCGAGCUGUUCUUCAUUGAGACGUGUUUAAAAAUGAACCCCAAGUCUUAUGGCAGCUGGCACCACCGGGGGUGGGUGUCAUCUCGACUGCCGCGGCCGGACUGGGCCAGAGAGCUCAGCCUGUGUGAUCGCUGCCUCAGCCUGGACGAUCGCAACUUCCACUGUUGGGAUUAUCGUCGGUUGGUGGUGAAGGCCUCUGGCGUUCCCGUAGAUCAGGAGCUGCAGUUCACAGAUCGUCUGAUCGGCUCCAACUUCUCCAACUACUCCAGCUGGCACUACCGCAGCACCCUACUGCCUCUGCUGCACCCGGAGCCCGGCUCUGAGCCUGCGUCGCCCUGCAGAAAACAGAACAACACACACACGUCACCCACCGCCUCGCCUCAGACACACUCGCACAGAGUCUGUGAGGAGCAGCUUCUCAAGGAAUAUGAGCUGGUGCAGAAUGCCUUCUUUACUGACCCAAAUGACCAGAGUGCCUGGUUCUACUACCGCUGGCUGCUUGGUAGAGCUGAGCGAGAGGAGCUGAUCAGCUGUGUGUAUGUGAGUAGAGAGGGCGAGCGAGUAGCUGUGGCUUUCUCCAAACCUGUAAAUGCUCUGACUGAGGGUCUGAUGCUGGUGUUGGAUGGUCAGCAGCAGCAACGGGUCGAGUGGAGGAGUGCUCACCCUCGCUUCCGCCACAGUCCAGUCUGGCUGUGUGAACUGCCUCCUGGCUCUGUUAGUGACAUCAAUAACGAGCACAACCUGACGGUGCACUGGAUGGAGAAGCACACACACAGAGACUGCGCCCUCUAUACAGGACGCCCGGAGAGCUGGUGCAGGGACUCCGCUACGGACCAGGAGCUUUUCAGGAGUGAAUUGUCUGUGGAGAAGACGUCAGUUCUGCAGUCUGAGCUCCAGUCGUGUACUCAGCUCCUGGAGCUGGAGCCUCAGAACAAAUGGUGUCUGUUGACCAUUGUCCUCCUGAUGAGGGCGCUGGAUCCUUUGGGUCAUGAGAAAGAGACGCUUGCUCAUUUCCAAACACUAAAGGAAGUAGACCCGAUGCGUAGCUCUUACUACAGCGACCUCUGCAGUAAGUUCAUGAUUGAGAAUACUAUUCUAAAGAUGGAGUAUGCAGAGGUGCGGGUCUUCAGCCUUUCUGAUAAGAACCUGAGCACUCUUUGCCACCUGGAUCAGCUGCUACUGGUCACACACAUCAAUCUGUCCUCAAAUCAGCUUGUGAGGUUCCCACCCCAGUUUUCCAUGCUGCAGUGCCUGGAGGUUCUGGAAGCUGAUGAUAAUGCAAUCGGUAAUCUGGAGGGACUGUACCAUCUGCCAAAACUAGAAGAAGUGUCUUUGAAAAACAACCAAAUCUCCAAGCUCUCUGAUCUGGAACCACUGGCCUCCUGCCCCAGGCUGACCAGACUGGACCUACGUGGCAACCCAGUGACCAAAACCGCCAAUAUUGAGGCAGAACUGGCCCAGCUCCUGCCCUCAGUUACUGACCUUUUGCUUUGAUAGCACAAACAGCAUCAGCAGUGUGAAUGUGUGGGGGAAUGUGUGUCUGUGUGUGGAUGUAUUGUUGUCAUUUUGAGUAUCCAUUCCUAAUGUGAAAAACCCAUUGGAAAUAACACUGGUUUUAGUACUGUACACCUGCACUGGACUCAAGAGACUUCAAAACAUCUGUCUGCCUGUGUGUGUGCGUAUGUGCGUGUGCGUGUGUGUAAAUAUGUUUGUUUUAGUGUUGAAGGGUCAGAAUUGCUAACUGCAUGCUAAUAAAAAAGAGAAUCUAA